UAUUAGCAAGAGAUCGGGCAGCCGCACCAGCGGGUAUUUAUUGUUGGGAAGCGGCGCUUUGUAAAGUGUGCAUGACAAGUCUCAACAGAGGCAGGACGAGGGCCUACUCAGUCAUACUGGUACCCUUUUGAGAACCUCCGAAAUUUAUGGUCCUUUUUUUAUAGACUACCGGUAAUCACGAGGGCACCCCGUAUUUUUAGAGAGCAGGUCUCAUUAACUAUAUGAUCAAGUGAAUCAUUUGUGUCUGUGAAUGAUUAGUUACCCACAGGAAGAACGAUAAGCACAGAGUGGAAUAUUAUUUACAACCACCUCGGAAAGGUUACAGGAUAUAACCAAAAAUGAUUUUCUUGCAUUACGCCCUGACGGGGGCUCUUUGGCUCUCCAUGUUCAUCAUAGGUGUAGUGUACGCCGUCACGGGGCCUAUUCUUCUCAACCUGGCGAAACUCGUGAAUACCGAAGUUAGUAAAGUAUCAUGGGCGUUGACCACCAGGGGGUUGGGCACCGCAUUGGGCUCCCUCGCCAGGGGUUACCUGAUUGACGCCUCGCGUUGCAGGGUUGCUGCUACCAUCAUUGCCUUCAUGCUGUUGGGCGGACUGACCGCGGCAAUCCCAUGGUCGACCUAUCUCGGAGUCAUGAUUGUUGUCUUCUGCCUUCAAGGAUUGAUCGUUGGAUUCAUCGAGACAGAUACGAAUGAUGUCUGUAUCCAGCUCUGGGGAAAGAAGCACGCACCUUAUCUGAUGGCUGUCUACGGCGGUGUAUCGGCCGGAGGCCUUUCGGCAGCGGCCAUGGUCCUACCCUUCGUCAGGGAAACUCCAUGCGUAGGGGGAGCACGAAGCGAAAGCACCCUUUGCGAGAAAAACAUGUCACAGAAAAACCCCUUUCCGCAGAACUCGACAGUCUUUUCGCAUCAGUCCGAGACUGAGAAGCAAAAUAUUGAGGCGAUGUCUACCAUACAUUUCAUCGUUAUGGGCAUCUGCUUAUUUACCGGGCUGUUCUUGGCAUUUCUGUUGCAUCUGGCGAAACCAACGGAGACCAAUGAACAUGAAGAAUGCGAGUACAAGGAGACUGUGGAAACUCCGAAAAUUGCCAGCAGGAGCACGUGCUAUGUUUUAAUUGCUCUUUUGAGUGUUUAUAUCUUUAAUGUAAUUGGCGCAGCUUUGACGUAUUCAACUCUUCUCACAACGUUCGUGGUGAAGCAGUUAGGAAAAACCGAAACCUUAGGGACGCAAAUGACGUUAUUCUAUUCAACGGUUAGUUUCACAGGAACAGUACUUUUCACUCCAUUGAGUAAAUAUAUACCAGCUUCUGUCACAAUUUUGACAACGUGUAUUAUCCUAGUUGUGUCUAGUCUCGUGCUCGUGAUAUUUGGUUCUUAUUCUACUAUUGCAGUUUGGUGUGCAAGUGCUGGUAUCGCUCUUAGUGGAAUGGUCUCUUACGCAGCCGUAUUCAGUUGGGCAAACCAGUAUAUUGAUCUCCCGGUUAAAAUGUCUUCGAUUUUGGUGUCAUCCUCUACGCUCGGGGAGAUGGGCUUUCCCGCAGUUAUGGGGCCGUUCUUGGACACUUAUCCUAUGGCUGUUGCUUACGCAGUAUUGGCCGCAAUGGUGUCUAACGCGUUGAUCUAUGUCUGCGUGGAGUGUGUGGGCCGGUGCGCAUUGCGUGCCAAAUUGCAGGAGAACACGUCAAUUGUCGUCUCAAAGAACCAGGGGAAGAACUAUACCCUAUUACCGAAUGAUUUUAGUAUAAACAAAACAACCGCUGAAUAGAAAGUCUAUCAUUCAAAAUUCACGGGUCUGCUUUUGUUCAUUUCAUUGUCUUUUAGACGUGUUAUUCAGCCUGCAUGUAUGUACACGCAUGUACAUGUAUGUAAAUCAUGUAAUCUUUAUACAAUCCCAAUGGUCCGAACAUACCGGUCAUGUAAAGUCUGUUUAUUGAGGUCUUCGUAAUGAAUAAAAUGAAUUUAUUAUUAUUAUUAUUAGGUAUAAUUAUUAUGUACCCUCAUGUUGAUAUGAAUAGA